UGACGGUUAGAGAGAGAAACUCGUUAUCUCUUUCUUGCCUUCUUGUCUCCACUAUCACAAACAAACACCAAACCCUAGAAAUUGGUUUCUACUCCUUUCAAUUUUAGAUUACAAAAACCCUUUCUUUUCGGACAAGGACACUCUCUCAUUUCGUUAUCUCAUAACAAUUAUCCCCAAACUUACCAUAAACAGCAAUUAUCUCGAUGUCCACUGUCGGUCCGACAUGUUCUCCCAACUCAUUCCAGCUUCGAUUAGCCUUCAAUUGCAGAAGACCUUCUAUAUCCCUAGUGCGGCUGGUGCGUUUUCAUAAGCUAGAUCGUCGCUUUCGUCUGGUUUCUUCACUUUCUGGUGAUUAUAAUGCUGGGUCAGACCGUAGACCUGUCAAAAAUUCAUGGACGAAUGUGAAUUCCUCGACUGAAUCUUUCUCUGGAUGGUCUGGGGAUAAUGGAGAAGAGUCAUCUAAAGAUGUACAGCAGAAUAAGCGGCGGUUUGGAGGAAUUAUUGGAGCCGGAGCUGCGGCUGUUGUAUUGGUUGUUGGGAUUUCUUUCGCGGCAUUGUCGUUGAGUAAGAGGAAUACUAAAGGUUUGAAAGUGGAAACCUUGACAGCACAAGAAGAAUUAUCAUUAACUUCUGAUUCUCAUAAUGGUUCUACUGAUGAUAAUCUUAACGAAGACAAUGGUGUGAAGGAUGAAAGCACUUUGGAAGGAACCACAGGUAAAGAUGAUGAUUAUUCUUCCUUUGAAGUGAAUAAUGAACCAGUUAGUGAAGAUAGACAAAGUGAUGGUGAUUUGGAUCACACAGUUAGUGGAGAUGAUGCCACUAAAAGAAACUCUAUUCCAGAAGAUACUGAAUCUGAACCAUCUGUUGGAGUUACUCCUGAUGAAAGUCCUGAAGCAACUCAAUUGAUUAGUUUUGGCGACAAUCCUGUUGCCGAAACAACAGCAUCAUUGGCUGAACUCACGGAGGAAAUUUCUCCUUCAUCAACCUCAGAUGUCAGUGAGAAUAUCAGUACGACAGACAAUAAAGGAGUGUCUGUCCAAGACAAAACAGACGAGUCUGAUCUCUUGUUUGGUUCAUUGCCAUCAACUAAUGAUGAUAUUGCUAGUGAAUCCAUAACUUUGGACACCUCGGAAAAUAUACCCCUGGGUGAAGAGAAUUUUGAUCUAAGUACUGACCAGGUCUUAGUCGCAGAAAAUAUAGAUCUAACUACUGACCAGGUCUUAGUCGCAGAAAAUAAUUUUCCACGUGAAGAACAUAACUUUAAUGGAGCUGGCUUAUCAGGAUAUUCUUCAGUUUCUGCAGUUACCGAUGUAUUAGAACCUAACAAGCAAGAGGCUAAUAUUUAUUCUAGUAACAGUGGAAGCAAAUCUAUUUCUGAAUCUGUAAAAUCUGGGAAAUCCUUUUCUUCAGCUGGCAUACCUGCUCCAUCUGUGGUUUCUGCAGCAUUGCAGGUAGUUCCUGGAAAGGUUUUGGUGCCUGCAGUUGUUGAUCAUGUUCAGGGACAAGCCCUAGCUGCUUUGCAAGUACUUAAGGUUGUUGAGGCUGAUGCCCAACCUGGUGAUUUAUGCACACGCCGAGAGUAUGCUCGCUGGUUGGUUUCUGCCAGCAGUGCUCUAUCAAGGAGCACGGUUUCUAAAGUUUAUCCUGCAAUGUAUAUAGAGAAUGUUACUGAACUUGCUUUUGAUGAUGUUACACCAGAAGACCCUGACUUCUCGUCAAUUCAAGGCCUAGCUGAAGCUGGACUCAUCUCAAGCAAGCUCUCAAGACAGGAUCUUUCUUCUUCUUUGGAAGAUGAUGAGAGUUCCUUGUUUUUUUCACCUCAAAGUCCCCUAUCUAGGCAGGAUCUUGUUAGUUGGAAGAUGGCGCUGGAGAAAAGACUGUUACCUGAGACUGACAAAAAGCAGCUCUCUGGUUUCAUAGACAUUAACAAGAUCAACCCAGAUGCCUGGCCUGCUAUUGCUGCUGAUGUGGCAGCGGGAGAACAAGGAAUCAUAGCUCUUGCAUUUGGCUACACCAGGCUGUUCCAUCCAGAUAAGCCUCUAACUAAGGCACAAGCCGCAAUUGCUCUUGCAACUGGUGAGGCUUCUGAAAUAGUCAACGAAGAGCUUGCACGUAUAGAAGCAGAAGCUUUAGCUGAGAAUGCCGUGACUGUACAUAAUGCAUUAGUAGCUGAGGUUGAGAGAGAUGUAAAUGCUACUUUUGAAAAAGAGCUAUUGUUAGAAAGACAGAAGAUCGAUGCCCUGGACAAAAUGGCAGAGGAAGCAAGACUUGAAUUGGAGAGGUUAAGAGCUGAAAGAGAGGCGGAUAAAAUUAACUUAAUGAAAGAGCGUAUUGCUGUUGAAUCAGAAAUGGAAGUUCUCUCAAGGUUAAGGCAUGAAAUGGAAGAGCAGUUGGAGGGCUUAUUGAGUAACAAGGUUGAGAUAUCGUAUGAAAAAGAACGAAUUGAUAAGCUACGGAAAGUGGCUGAAUUUGAAAAUGAAGAGAUUGCUCGGUUGCAACAUGACUUGGAGGUUGAGCGUAAAGCCCUGUCCUUGGCCAGGUCUUGGGCAGAAGACGAAGCUAAACGUGCACGAACACAAGCCAAAAUCCUUGAAGAGGCUAGGGACCGUUGGGAGAGACAUGGAAUCAAGGUUGUUGUUGACGACGAUUUGCGUGAAGAAGAAAAUGUUGGUGUAACAUGGGACAAUACGGCAAAGCAGUUAUCUGUCGAAGGAACGGUUAGCAGAGCAGAAAGCAUCGUCGACAAGCUCAAGGCAAUGGCAGAAUCUGUAAGAGAGAAAUCCAAAGCUACCAUUUUAAGUAUAAUUCAAAAGAUGCAAUCUUUUAUAAUCAGCUUGAAAGAAUGGGGAAAAGAGCUUAAACAUUCUGGAUUGUCCAAAAUGAAUGGUUCUUUACAAGAGUUACAACAGAAAUCAACAGAAUAUACAUCAGCUGUUCAGGAAGGUGCAAAGAGGAUUGGAGGGGAGUGUAGGGAAAGCAUUGAGAAGCUUACUCAGAAGUUUCGAACUUGAAAGCCUUUGCAAAAUGUCCAGUAAAUCAUCCCCCAAUCACAGUUUUCAUUGGUAGAUGGCGUUUUUGUACUUCGUAUUGAAAAUAAAUACUCAGCUCCUUGUUUGUAUUUUGUUGAUGUUUACUAGAAUUUCUGAAAUAAGAAAGAGUUAUGAUCGAACAGCUGAUUGCUGAUCAGAAAAAUGAUUUGGUGAUUUGGUUAAACACUAAUGAUAAUCAUAUGUUCAACUAAGCUUUCGACUAUUCCAAGCUAUUUAUUUUUGUUAAGACCUUUGUUUGA